AUGGCGCUGGUUAAUCAGACCAUUAAGGAACUCGCUACUCCUGAUCUCGAACAAGAACCUCUUGGCAUUGAUUUUCCUACCUGGAGACUUUGUUAUAGUUGUCCACAACACCAAAUUAGUGAGCAAUUGUUGAUUCAAUACUUUUAUGAUGGACUUCUGCCUAAUGAUAUGAACAUGAUUGAUGCUGCUAGUGGUGGGGCUUUAGUUGACAAAACACCUGAACAAGCAACAAAAUUGAUUUCCAACAUGGCACAAAACUCUCAACGUUAUGGAACUAGGAAUGAUGUUGUGUCUAAGAGAGUCAAUGAAGUUGGUGUGCAAAAUUUAGAGGCUUCUCUUGCUGAAAAUUCUAGACAAAUUUCACAGUUUACUAAUCUUGUUUCUAAUCUUGUCUCAGGAACUCAGGUUGUUGUGGUAUGUGGAAUUUUCAAUGAUAAUACUCAACAUAAUGUUGCAUGCCCAACAUUGGAGGUUAAUGAACUAAAUCUUAGGUAUGGGAACAAGGAAAAUCCAUCAAGUUUUAACCAAAACCAAUCUAACUUUAGGCGGACUUAUAAUGUCCAACAACCUACAAAUAACCAAGGGUCUAACUCUUCUUCAAACCUUGAGGAACUUGUACGACAGUUAGCUUUGCCAACUGAUGCAAGACUUAAAACCUUGGAAACUCAAAUUGGACAAAUAGCCACUCAUGUUAACAGCUCCACUUCCCAAAAUUCCAAUAAACUUCCAUCAAAAUCCUUUGUAAAUCCGAAAGAAAGUGCCAAUGCUGUGACCUUAAGGAAUGGAAACGAAUUGGAGGAACCUAAGAAAAAGGAAAGAGUGAACCGAGAGUUAGAACAGGAGCAAGUGGUGGAACCUGCCAAGGAACUUGAACAAGAACAGGGCAAGUUAGCAAAAUCAAAGAAGGAAGAUGCUGAUAAGGAAAUUUUAGAAACCUUUCGCAAAGUAGAAGUCAAUAUUCCCUUGAUGGAUGCUAUCAAGCAAGUUCCUCGCUAUGCUAAGUUCCUGAAGGAACUUUGUACUUCCAUGAAGAAGUUGAUAGGAACUCAAAAGGUAGAAGAUGUGUUGGUACAAGGUAAUGAAUUGGUGUUUCCUGCUGAUUUUUAUAUACUUGACAUGGGAGAUGAGCAUGCUAUUAAUCGUAGGGAAGUUCCUUUACUAUUAGGAAGACCUUUUUUAAAAACUUCUAAAACUAUGAUUCAUGUGCAUGAAGGGAACUUAACUAUGGAAUUUGAUGGUGAUAUUAUUAUGUUUAAUAUUUUUGAUGCCAUGAGAUAUCCUACUGAUGUGGAUUCUGUGUGUUCCAUUGAUACAAUUGAUUUACUAGCACAAAAGAUGUUUGAACUAAACAGGGAAGAUGAUUUGGAACUUUUGAUUCAAGAAAGCUUGGAUAAGAAUUCUGUUAAGGAACAUGAGACGAAUUUAAUAGACAAUGAACUCAUGGGUGCUAUUAAUAGCAUCAGUUCCUCGCCGCAAUUGAAACCUAAAGCUCUUAUUAUUGACAUACCUUUUUCUAACGAAAAACUUGUUCCAUCUCUUGUGCAGGCACCCAAACUAGAACUCAAACCUUUGCCAGACAAUUUAAAAUAUGUUUACUUGGGUGAUGGGGAAACACUUCACGUUAUUAUCACUAAUGCAUUACUCCUUCCUAAGAAGAACGCUUAUUGA